CCGUUUUAUUCAGUUCACCAACGACCGUAGUGCCGGUAAGACGGGUAUCUUUCGUUCCGUAGACAAGUUUCGCAUAGGUAUUUUCGUCCUCAUUGCUUCGCUCUUCCCUUGUUUUAUUUCUUUGUUAUUUCUUCUUCCAAAAAGUGCCAAAGAGUGUUUUGCAACGAAAACGUACACAAGGGAUUUACAUUUGUGUAACAAACCUCAUCCGUCCAUAAGCCUUAAUUGAUACAUAGGUCGAGCUAUGCCAUCCUGAUCGACCUCAAUUUCGCACAAAGAGUCGCAGUGUGUAGCGAUAAAACGUUGGAACAUAAAAAUAAAAAAAAAUUUCGAUCGAUCAAGAAACAACGGAAGAAAUAUGUCGUUCUUUGUAAUUGCCAAGGAUGUGAUAGUUUUCCUUUUUUGGACAGUGAUAUUUAUCAUGAAAAAUAUCGUCAAUUUGUUCAUCCCGUUGAAAUACAAGAUGAAGAGCAUUGCUGGAGAAAUUACACUAGUUACCGGAGGUGGUGGUGGUUUAGGAAGGUUAACAGCCCUUAGGUUGGCCAAUCUCGGUGCCAUUGUUGUCAUCUGGGACGUUAACAAGGCUGGUAUGGAAGAGACUGUCAAGUUGGUGCAGUCCGCGGGUGGUACUUGUUACGGUUAUGUUUGCGAUUUGUGCGACAAAGAAGAUAUUUACAAGAAAGCUGAACUAGUUAAGAAAGAAGUUGGAAAGGUUACCAUUUUAAUAAAUAACGCCGGUGUUGCCCACGAAUUGAAAUUCUUAGAUUCACCCGACAAACUUCUCAUACGAACGAUGGACGUGAACGUGAUGAGUCAUUUCUGGACGUCGAAAGCGUUCUUACCUUCGAUGCUGGAAGAUAACAAAGGGCAUAUUGUAAGUAUAGCAAGUUUAGCUGGAUUUAUAGGAGUACCAUGCUUAGUGGAUUAUUGCACUUCGAAAUACGCGGCGAUCGGAUUCGAGGAAGCUCUUCACAUGGAGUUAAUUGCUAAUGGAUAUGAUAUCAAUAUGACAGUGGUGUGUCCGUUUUUCAUUCGAAGCACUGGCAUGUUUGACGAAGUUUCUCCCAAAUUUUUACCGAGGCUUACGCCGAAUAAAGUGGCGGAUCGAAUAGUAACUGCUGUGAGGUGCAAUGAAAAAGUCGUUAUAAUUCCUGGUUACAUGCGCUUUCUUCUUGCUGCAAAAUGCUUUUUGCCAUGGGCCAGCACAACUAUGUUCGUACAAAAUUUACUAUUAAAUAAAAUAUCAGAUAAUACAUCAAGCAGUGUUGAUCUGAAAGAAGAAAUUAUUCCGGGAAUGGUAACCAAAGAUUCAGACACUUCGGUUAUUCAUCAACAAUUGACCAGACGUAUCUCUAGUUCGGAAAGGAAACCUUAAAAGAUUUUAUGAUCGACAUGAUCAUCGAUAACUUCGCAACAUAUCCAACAAUUUUCGAUUGCCUUUUUUCGAAUCUGUAAUAAGUAACGUGUACCUAUGUGUGGGAGUUAUGGAACAUUUAUAUAUGUAUGUUAUAUUAUAACUGUUAUAUUGCGAAACUCGUUUAAUACGAGUUUUUUGAUAUAUCAAAUAGAGCUUGUUCCUGAAACGAGUUAUUGCGCAAGAUAAAUCUUAUAGAAUUACAAAUGAAAAUUUUUAGAAUCAAUAUUGAAAUUUAUUAAGAAAUAAUAAUAUGAAUAGGGAUAAAGUUUUUUAAAACACUAGUUAACAUAUCUAAAUAUUCUUUUUUAUAAUUAUAUAAGUAGUGUGUCUUUUGGAAAUAACAAAAAAAAAGAUUGGGACUAAAUUUGUUCUGUUGUUAAGAGAUUGUAUUGCAUCGAAUCUUGCACAAUAUUAACGAAAAUUUGUACAUUUUAAUAUUGUUGAUUACCAUUUUUUACUUUAAUGUUUUGUACAAUAAUAUUUUAUGAUGAAGUCCAUAUAGUUACAAAUUUUAAUAUACAAUUUAUAUAAAUGUUAAAUAUCAUGUGUGAUGGCUAUAUACAAUUGUAAUAAUAUAAUAGUAUAGUAAGAAUAGUUAAUGUUAUGUAUUACUUUUGAGUGAUAAUUUGAUUGCAAAGGAACAAACACGUAUAUUUAUCAAACAUUUAUUUUGUUAAAUCUUACAAAUUAUUACAAAAUAAUUUUCAUUUAAUCAAAUAGAAAAAAAUAAAAUUUAUAUCAUUUGUAGAUAUUGACCCAUUUGAUAUAUUAUUACAAGAUAAAAUUUGUUGAUAAGUUCAUCAUGCAUUAUCAUUUUAAAAAUAUAGUGCCAUAUAUCUGAUAAACUGAUUGUUUGUGAAAAGAAUAUUGUAAUAAAAUUAUAUUCUUCAAUAUUAUUUGUAAAUGUUAAAUUUCAAAAUGAUUUUAAAAAAUCUCAAAAUAUUAUGUUUUAAUAAUUUUGAAUAUUCCAAUAUUAUUAAAAAAUUAAUCGAGUACAACGAGAUUUAAAAAACAAAUAAAACGAUUUUAUAUAUCGAUUUUCAUUAAGAUUUUAUCUCUUCACAAACUUAUCUUAUGAAAUAUGUAUAUUGUGAAUUUAUAUAUAAUAUUAUAUAAUUCUUCAUCAAAGAUUAUUCUUAUGAUUUACAAAAAAUUUUUUCUAUAUCUACAUAAAUAUAAAUUAAAUUCAGGGUUAUGAUCAGGGUUGAUGAUAAGGCAAUGAUUUUAUGGAACUUUAUAUUUUUUUUUAUUUUUUACAUUUAGUAUUAUCAAUGAAAUACAAUGAUAAAUAGAAUCAAAUAUGUUUUAGAUAUAUAUUACACAAACAUCAUAUUGCAAUCAUGUUAGAGCGAACGACUAGAUAUUUUUUAAAUACUAUUUCCAUUAUCUAUUUAAGUGUAAGUUAAGAAAAUAUUUCCUAAAAAUGUAUAUAAUUUGAUUAUAGAUUUUAUUGUUUUUUUAUUGAUUAAAACUUACCAAUUUUAUUUUCCAUGCUUGCUAUGAAUGCAUUGAAUGUACAUAAAAAGUAAAUGGAAUAAAGAAUUGAAUGGAGAAGAAAAAUAUUUUUGAAAUUGCUUUGAAUCUCGAACAAAAGUAUUGUUUCUUUUGAUUUCAAUGUAAUGCACAAUGGGUAAUAAAUAAAAAUUGAAGAAAAAAAGAAAAAGAAA